UGGAGGCUACUACCCAGUAAUGCCAGUGACUCCCCCUGAAACUACUGUUGCACCAACUACAGAAGCACCAACUACAGAAGCACCUUCCACAGCUGCCAAGCUUCCUCCACAGAAUCAACAGCAGCAGCCAUGGAUGCAGCCCUUCUUUGGAGGCUACUACCCAGUAAUGCCAGUGACUCCCCCUGAAACUACUGUUGCACCAACAACAGAAGCACCCACUACUGAAGACCCUUGCACAGAAGCCCCUUCCACAGCUGCCAAGCUUCCUCCACAGAAUCUACAGCAGCAACAGUGGAUGCAUCACUACUUUGGCUAUAAACCACUAAUGCCAGUGACUCCCCCUGAAACUACUGUUGCACCAACUACAGAAGCACCUUCCACAGCUGCCAAGCUUCCUCCACAGAAUCAACAGCAGCAACCGUGGAUGCAGCCCUUCUUUGGAGGCUACAACCCUGUAAUGCCUGUGACUCCCCCUGAAACUACUGUUGCACCAACUACAGAAGCACCUUCCACAGCUGCCAAGCUUCCUCCACAGAAUCAACAGCAGCAACCGUGGAUGCAGCCCUUCUUUGGAGGCUACUACCCAGUAAUGCCAGUGACUCCCCCUGAAACUACUGUUGCACCAACUACAGAAGCACCAACUACAGAAGCACCUUCCACAGCUGCCAAGCUUCCUCCACAGAAUCAACAGCAGCAACCGUGGAUGCAGCCCUUCUUUGGAGGCUAUAAACCAGUAAUGCCAGUGAGUCCCCCUGAAACUACUGUUGCACCAACUACAGAAGCACCUUCCACAGCUGCCAAGCUUCCUCCACAGAAUCAACAGCAGCAACCGUGGAUGCAGCCCUUCUUUGGAGGCUACUACCCAGUAAUGCCAGUGACUCCCCCUGAAACUACUGUUGCACCAACUACAGAAGCACCAACUACAGAAGCACCUUCCACAGCUGCCAAGUUUCCUCCACUGAAUCAACAGCAGCAACUGUGGCUGCGUCACUACUUUGGAGGCACCCCUGUAAUGCCUGGCUCUCCUUGAAACUACUCUUGCACAAACUACAGAUAUACAGAACUUUUAUUUUCCAUCUUGUAAGUCUGUUAAUUCCUGUUAUUUAAUGCCUAUAUUAAAAUAUCUACUUGGGA